UCUAACACGUGUCUGCAUUAACAAAAUAUCAUUACAACAUUCUGGAUUUAUUUAAUUGUGUUGGCUAGUAACACUUGUGUUUGUGCUCAUCCACCUAGUUUCGAAAUGCUGGGAUACGCCUGGAAGACAUUAUUGGUCCUAUCUUAUUUGUUGUUACUGUUGCAAACCUCUGACGCAAAGUCUGGGAGCGGAUUGAUCCUAACUUACCAAAAUGCACAAGAGGUGCAGAGGGUGUACACUGAUGGGAAAAACACGCUGUACGCAUUCUUCAAACAUAGCAGACAGCUUCUUGACUGUGAUGUCAGGCUGGGUAAGGAUUCGUCACUGGAAAUAUUUGAAGAGGCGUUAACGAUGAAGUCUAAAGAUGUGUUGGUGGAAUACGACCUGAGGCGACUCAUAAGGCAAUGCAAGCGAUUUCUAAGGAAAAUGUUACGAAAGGACGAAAAUGACCCUGAUCCGCUUGUAAGAGAAACUAAAAAGAGACUGAAGCUUCACCUAGGAUAUCCAGGCACAAACUGGUGCAAGACGUUUGGCAGUCCGGACAAUAAAACUCUCUCCGACAGCUCCAAGACACGAAAGGCGGACAGAUGUUGUAAAGCUUUGCACGAGUGUCCAGACGUGAUUCCAGAAGCUACAAAAAUAAAAGAACUGUUUAACCGAUACCCGUGGCCUAUUCACAGCUGUCAGUGUCAGAACAAGUUCCGGAAGUGUCUGAGGGACGCCAAGAGGAAAGCGGCUGACGAAAUAGGUCACAUAUAUUUUGACUUCAUCAAAGUGAGGUGUUUCGAACCGGUGAACAAACAGAUGUGUGUGAAGUACGACCAGUGGUACACACAAUGCAUGGCCAAGGAAUUUCUACCUGUGGCGAGUUUGAAACAACCUGCAGAUUAUCUUUUUAAAAGAGAAAUAAAGUAGUUUCAUCACA